UGGUCUCCGUCUCGAUAAAACAUGUCUUCUCUUGAGAUGAAGAUGGAGACAUGUACUUCCUCAGAUGAGAGGGUGGAUCAAAGAAGGGUGGAGACUGCAGCUAUGAUCACAUCAAUAACGCCACGCACACCAGAACCAUCACCUCAGUAUAAUCAGGAUCGUGAUAUAUGUAUAAAGUGUUUUGACGGCUGGACUGAAAAUGACCAAGUUGUAUUUGUUGAACAUUUAUUAUCUCGGAUGUGUCAUUACCAACAUGGACAGAUUAAUACAUUUUUAAAGCCAAUGUUGCAAAGAGAUUUCAUUUCAGCACUGCCAGCAAAAGGUUUAGAUCAUGUAGCAGAGUCCAUCCUAUCCUUCCUGGAUGCCAAAUCAUUAUGUUCAGCAGAGUUAGUGUGCAAGGAAUGGUACCGUGUGAUCUCUGAAGGAAUGCUGUGGAAGAAAUUGAUAGAAAGAAUGGUGCGCACAGAUCCCUUAUGGCAAGGGCUUGCAGAAAGACGGGGAUGGAUUCAUUUUCUGUUCAAACCCAAGCCAGGAGAGUCCCAAAAAGAUCAUAAAUUUUACAGAAACUUAUACCCAAACAUCAUUCAGGACAUUGAUAAAAUAGAGAACAACUGGCGGACAGGCCGACACACCUUACAGCGAAUACACUGUCGCAGUGAGACGAGCAAGGGUGUGUACUGUUUACAGUAUGAUGAGACCAGGAUCAUUAGUGGCCUCAGGGACAACACAAUUAAGAUCUGGAACAGAACAUCCCUGGAAUGUAUCCAGGUGUUGACUGGUCACACAGGCUCUGUGCUGUGUCUACAGUAUGAUGACAAUAUCAUCAUCUCUGGGUCCAGUGACUCCACUGUCAGGGUGUGGGAUGUCCGGACAGGAGAGAUGUUGAACACUUUGAUUCACCACUGUGAAGCUGUUCUUCAUCUUCGCUUCUGUGAUGGCAUUAUGGUCACCUGUUCUAAGGAUAGAUCAAUUGCUGUAUGGGACAUGCAAUCACCAACAGAAAUCAACCUACGUAGAGUUCUUGUUGGUCACCGCGCUGCUGUUAAUGUGGUUGACUUUGAUGAAAAAUACAUCGUAUCAGCUUCUGGAGAUAGAACCAUAAAAGUUUGGAGCACACUGUCCUGUGAAUUUGUAAGGACACUCAAUGGUCACAAAAGAGGAAUAGCUUGUCUCCAGUACAGAGACCGACUUGUAGUGAGUGGUAGUUCUGAUAAUACCAUAAGACUUUGGGACAUUGAAUGUGGUGCUUGUCUGCGAGUCUUGGAGGGGCACGAAGAGUUAGUGCGAUGUAUUCGCUUUGACAAUAAACACAUUGUCAGUGGUGCCUAUGAUGGAAAAAUCAAAGUGUGGGACCUAGCAGCAGCAUUGGACCCUCGUGCCCCUGCAGGAACUCUCUGUCUCCGUACUUUAGUGGAACAUUCUGGUCGCGUAUUCCGUCUACAAUUUGAUGAAUUUCAAAUUGUAAGUAGUUCACAUGAUGACACCAUCCUAAUUUGGGACUUCUUAAAUGUGCCAGUGCCAGAAGGAACAAGCUCAUCACAAUCUCCUGCACGUUCGUACAAUUUCAACAAGUGAUUCCUCCAUGGUUUGAAACCAGACAUAUUUACAAGCAACUCUGAGCACAACAUAGAUCUGCUUCAAAAAGAAAUUCCAUGGAAAUGGAUUUUUUGUCCAAAAGCAUCACAUAAGUGAUGUACUGAUGACCUUGGGUUACAUUUCAGUGCUUCAAUGAUUUUGUUUAGGUGUGAUGACCUAACUUAUUUUCAUUUGAAAUGUAUUCCCUUUUAAUUGUUGUUUGUUUGCUGGCUGUAAUUGCCUUAUUCAAAUGGCUAGGUAACUUGCGUUGCAACAUGACUUUAUUUCCCAGCCGUGAUCUCUGUUGAUUGACGUUGUGUAUGGCUAGGACAGCACUCUACUAAGCCAGAUUCAUUGAUCAUUUGUGGGCAUAGAUUCAGGAGACAAUUCGCAGAUUGUCCAAGUGGGGAUUAGUGCUUAAUUUUGUAACUCAUUUUAAAGAACUGCGGGUCAAAGGGCAAGUUAGAUAAUAAAAAGUGUAUUUGUCUGUGAAUGUCCAUUUCAGCAGUACACAAAAGUUAAAGUCAGCUUGUAUGAAGGUAUUGUUGAUUUUGAAAGAGAAGGUAACAAUGUUUUUAAAACGCAUGAUGCCAAUAGGCUUUACUGACUAUUGGUUGAUGUAUGACUAUAAUGUAUGCAAAUGCUACCAAGUACCUUGAAUAAUAUGAUUAAAUGACAGAGUGUGGUGUAUAUUUGUAGAGAUGUGUCUUGGUGUGGUUGUACAUUAACUGUUUGGUUCUCUGCAUAAGUAGUAAGAAGUUGUAGUGUUACUGUAUAUGGUGACUCGCUAAUUUCAUGUAUGAUACAUGUGGAAACAUUGUCAUUCUGGACACAUGCUACAAUGCUCAAUUUGAGAUUAUUCCAAAUUACUUCAUAUAUGGGUGGGAUGGGAAGCAGUCAUUUAGUGACACCAUCAGAGUUGGUUGUAUGGAACCAAUUAACAGUAAAUCAUAAUAUAUCAUAUUAUUGCAUAUCUUUUUUUUUUUUUUUCUAUCACAAUAUCAUUUUUCCUUCAAUAAUGUUAAUAUUGAAUACUUCAAAAUAAUUCAAAAACAGUUACUAUAUGGCUGGUUAUUUUGGUGGACAUUUCCUAAAAGUUGCAGGAUAGCAGUGUUAUCACAUUUAUGUAACAUUCUAUUGUUGCUGUCAAGAUAUUGUUUGCAAGCUGGUAUAUGUGUUAAAAUGAUAAGUAUUACAGCAAGUAUUUGUUUCAGUUAGAUGGCAUGUCAGUAUGACAGAUGUAUUAAGGCACCAUGAAAACUUUACAUAUGAACCAAUGAUGUAUACCAAGUAGAAAUGCUAACUGAACCUAUCUCUCUUAUGAAUUUUGAUGGAAUUGUACCGAAUAUCACAUCAGGGAUAUAUUCACGCAUUUUAGGUACUUUCAUAUCUCAAGAUUGUUAUUUUUACUAUAAAAAUGAUUGGAAAUUUUUAAUAAAAAAAUGUGAAAAAAUUAAACAUUUGUCAUCAUAUAAGGUAUGUUGCCUUUUCAUAGUGAAGAUUCCUGAAUUUGACAGUUUGUUUAAAUGAAAGAAUUUUUGGUAUUUUUUCUUGGUAUAAAAAUGAAAUUGGACGUUGAUGUCAUAACAAACUCUUUGUUUGGGAUUUUUAUUGAAUAUCCAUAUCAACUGGCAACAUGAUCAGAUUCUCUGUUUUUAGCAUUGUAAAGCUCGGAAGUAUUUUAAUAUUUUUUUAAUUAUGAAUAAGGAAGAAUUCUUCAUCGCUUCUUCUAUGGUCAAUCUGUAAAGGUUUUUAUUCCUCAACCUGUAAAGCUUUGUGUAACCAUGACAUGUGCGUCUAGUUGACAUUACUUGCAUUGAAUCUCAAAAUGGUGAUAUGAUAAAAAGAUUUGUGCUUCAUUUGCUAAAUGUCGCCUAUCUUUUUAAUGUAGUUGUUAAAUAUUACCACCAAUUUUAAGAAUGGUUCACGUUUAGUGUAUGAACUAUGCAUGAUAGAACUGUUUGUCUCAAAAUUAUUGUAAACUAUUCAAAUGCCAGGUGUAAGAAAAAUCUUAUUUAAUCAGUGGCUAAAGCUGAUCACUCUAUCAUCCUAUAUUUCAUUUCAUUUUUGGUUUGAUGAUGUUGUUUCCUGUCUGAAUGUUCAUAAAAAUAAUUGAGGUUCUUUGCAACGAUAUAGAAAGAAGGGCUUUAUAAAGAUUUAGUUGUGUGUGUAAUAUGGUGAAUUGACAGUAGAGAUAAGAUGUGCUGCACUUGACUUGUUUCAGACAUAAUAAAAGAUUACAGUAUCUUUUACAAGAAUAUUUGACCAAUAACUGUUAGUAGGUUCUGUAACUUACUCCCUUCAAAAUCCUCUCUUUAUUUUGAAGUACUUCUCAUAUUACAUGUAGUGUGUGAUUUCGGUGAAUUGAGGGCUGUAAAAGGUGAUUGGACAACAGUGUUUAUAGUAGUUCUGAGUUAAUCAUCAGACUAAUUAUUCCCACCUAUUUUGGCCAUUAGCCUUACCUUAAAAUAACUGAUCCCACAUUUAUAUGGAUUUACUAUAGAUUUUUCAAAGAUUCUGAAACUAUCACUGGUUCAUGUAUAUUGCAUGUUCUUGCUUCAAUUGAUGGAAAUUAUUUCACAUGAAAAUUAGAUAUUUUAUAUGGAAAGUGUGUUUCUUUUCUAAAACUCUUUAUAUGUAACUUAAUUAACAUGAUGUAAACUUGUAUCUUUGGUGUAAUAUACUUGUGAAAUGUGAUAUUUGAAGUACAGUAGAGUUCUGAAUGUAGUUAAAUCAUUUUAUACAGGAACAACAAACAGAGAGAUAAAAGAUAUACUAACUGUAACUUAGUGCCAAAGUUACCAUUACCAGCAGGUCCUUUCAGAAGCAGUUUCAUUGUAUGUAAGUAAAGCGUUUUCAGUAAUAUUAUUUUUUUGUAUUUUGGUUGUAUAAGAUAAUUCUGGGAGGUUUCUGAUUUUAAGUAUUGUUUUUAUAUGACACUAGCUGACUAAAUACAUAUUAUGGUGACAGGUCCACUGCCUCUUGUACAAAAUAAGGUGCUUUUUGUUAAAGAGAAUGUGGGCAGAUAUGUUGUACUGGUGAACUGUUUGCAGAAAGCUAAAUCUCUGUAGUGAACAAGAAUCUGUUCCUAUUUCCUGUCUGUUCCUUCAUUGUUGUAGUAGACCCAGCUGUUGGUUUGGCAGAGGGAUGGAGAUGUUUGGUAGUGGCCUGCAAGCAUUGUUUAAUUUAUAACAUUGGUAUUGGUGUAUCAAAUCAACUUUAGUGACUUGAAUUGGAUUUUUGUCAAAACUUCACAGUUAUAUGUCAUAACUAUCUUUUUAACACUAAUUAACAGCAAGCAUUAUGUUUUUAUUCUCUUCUACCUUCAGAAUAUUUUCAUAACUUCAUUGUGACAAAAUAUUAUUUUGUGAUAGUGAAUAUUCCACAAUAUGAUUUCAUGUAGGUUUUUGUUGAGUUUAGAUGUUGUAAGAGAGUUUGAUAGUCAACUGAGUGAUCACUCUGCUCUUGGCGUGGUUGAGGUGCAUAUCCUCUCGUCAAAGGAAUGCUUUAGUAUGCUGGUCACCACAUAGAGAAUUCCUUGUGAUAAUCGAGUGAAUGUGCAAAUCUUGUCAAGGCUUUUAGUUCCAGUAGAGCAUUCAAUGCUUUGUUUUAUGUCAUUGGAUUUUUGUUGUAGAUUGUAGAGACCACAUGUAGAAUUUGUAUCAUACCAAGGAGAGUAAAUAUUGUAUUUUAUUGUACAAAUAUGUCCUGACAGCUUUAACAGGAUGUAUUGUGAAAAUAUUUUGGAAAGGAUGUACUUUUAGGAUAUCAUUGGAUCAGAGUGUGUGCAGACCUUUUUAUUAACGGGGUAAAAGUGCACAUUGCUGUAUAUGGAAUGAGAGAGUGAAUGCUUGAGUAUAUCAAACAUUUGUAUGGGAUCAAAAAUUUUCUCUAAUGAUAAAUUAAUUCAUUUUAUGAUGCUGUGCUGGAUAAAAAGAAAUUGAUAACAAUAGUUUGGAUCGGGGUAAAAUACUUAACUUAAGAUAGUCUAUUUUGUUUAAAUUUCAGUGUUUCAUAACAUUUUAGAAUUUACUCCAAAUUUUAUUUCUGCUUUCUGAGAAGGUAUUUUCACGACAUAAUCAUAAGAAGUGUAAACUAUACAUACUCCAUUAAGUAGAUUUAAGAAUAACAGUGGACAGAUCAUUAUGUAUAACAGUCUUGAAUGAAAAGUAUAUGAAAAGAAAUGGUUUGAUUUUAAUACUGAAUUGGCCUAAUAUCUCUCUUGCUAAGUAUGCUAUAAGUAAGUCCUGCACUGGUCCUAAUACAAUAAACCAUUUCAUUUGUUGUAAUAUCUCUUGUGUUUUACGUUUAUUGUGUAGAUUUUCUCUUGAUUUCUAAGGGCUAUAAUAUUGUGUUCACAAGAACAUAUACAUUUUAGUAGUGUGUAAAUGACUGAUUUUGUGAAUAUAUUUAUCACAGUUGAGAUGAAACAGUUUCAUUUCAUACACAAAGUUACAGUUAACUGUUUUCAAAAUCACACAUACUUAGUUCACAACACAACCUUAAUGAACUAACAAAACAGACCUUUUAAAACUGAUUAAUUCUAUUGAAUUCUUCAACAUUUGAAGUAGUGGAUGGCCAACUGUUAAAUGUUCAACAUUGUAAAACUUCAGAAAAAAACAAUAUCAAAAUUUAUUAGUUUUUGUCAUAUUUAGCGGCAAAAUUAUUUCAGCAUUUGACAUUACCGACUUAUAAGCAAUUAUCAAUCACAAAACAUUAAUAUCUAGUCUUGUAAGUCUUAUUUUAUCUAAAAUUCUUACUGAGACAUAGUUUUUGUGAGUCUUGUAGAAAACGAACUAAAAGAAACAUUUUUGCAUGAACUGAAAAUCAUUCAAUUUAUCAUCAUUAUGUAUUUUGUACUUCAAGGAUUUCCUUGUAUAAACUGUCCUUUGGAAUAUUUUUUCAAGAGGGUAAAUUCUGAUCAAAAACAACUCUUACAUAGCAGUUUAUGAAUUGUACAUAAGAGUGAGUCUGAUGUUUGGUACAGCAAUAUUUGCCCAUUUAGUUUGUGAGGAGUAUGUGUUUAUGUUUUGUGUCCGAGUUUGAGUGUUAUUCUGUUAUGUCAAUUAUUUAUUAUUUAUUUCCAAUUAAAGUUUGACAUAACAGUUCAUUAUAAUGGUAUAGUGCUUUUAUUCAAUGUAAAUGUAAUUUACUAUACACAAUUUCCUUCAAGUAUUGGAAACAAUAAAACUACUUGUUACAGUGA